AUGGAUAUUUCAGGCAUCAUCAGGGCCAAAAAGUGUGCAGUGAUCGCAAUCGUUACGAUCUCCGUUUCAGGGAAGGGACGGCUCUAUCCGGCCUACAGUCUGAGUGGCAGCGAGGGUGAGGAUAAUACCUCCAGUUUGCGUAGUCGCGUUGUCUAUCCGCAAAACAACCACCAGACCAACCAGUCGCAUCACAAUCAUUACAACUCCGGUCAACAUAAGCAGCGCGCCUACCAACAGCAACAGCAGCAGCAACAUCCCUUGUAUCAUAUGCCCGGCAGUGGUGCCGGCCUCAGCGACACACCGACUUCGGGUAACGCAUCCGACGAAACCCUCACCGACAGUGACCUUAUCACUGUUGCUCGCGACUCCGCGCUGCUCGUCCAUAACGGUGAGUACAUCGGUAGUUUCGAUGAUCUAAUUAGGAUCCCCAAUCUAAUCGGAAUCUAUGCCGUAUAUGAGAAGGUCCAGGAAAAUAUCAAUACGGGUAUCACUGUUGAUAACAACAAGACUCAAGAAUUCCCGAGCAGCGAGAACUCGCAGUCCAAUUAUUGCAAAUUGUCCGCAAGCUCGGGAAAUUUGGCGCAACCGUUCUAUGGCUUCUUAGAAUCUGAUAGUAUAGCCUUAGAUGGACCCGACAGCCAGUUAAAGUCAACUCAGCUGGAGCAUGAAGUAAAUUUCUAG